CCGCUCUUGCGGACUGAUGCCGUUCUUGCAAACUAGCAAGAUUCCUCUACUGCUGCCGCAUUUAUCGUCAUUGACCGUGCCUUUAGGUCAAUUUUGGUGGUCCAAAUGGUACCCCUCUUUUCAGCCAGGAUCACUGUCUUGAACCACAUGGACCUUUGCAUGGCCUUCCAAGGACUUCGGCAUGUUGCCGCAGAGCCAAUCAUUUGGCUCCAUUGUCUUUCGCGAACAACAAUGGGCACUACUAAAACCGAAAUGGCUUCUGCUCCAGGUGCGGCCCAUCACGAGGAAGCAAUUUCAAGAAUCCGUGAAGAUCGACUCGACCCUCAUAUCCGAGACGACCAUGGCGAUCCUCAUAGGGCUGCCCUCGAAGAUCUGGAUGAGAACAGAAGGGUGACCAAGUCGACAUGGGCUGCUGUUGGGUUCUUGGGGUUCACCUUCCAGCCCUCGCUGACGUUCACCAUUCUAUGUUGUUUCCCAAUCCUGGGCCCAAUAGCUAUUGAGCUGCAAGGCAAUACAGCAAAUGCUAAUUGGAUGGCCUCUGGGUGGUCACUAGCUGGCAGUGUCGCGUUCGCGAUCGCUGGCCAGCUUAGCGACUAUUUCGGACGCAGGUGGAUACUUCUCUUCUCCCAGGCACUGCUCAUCAUCGGCCAUAUCAUCGGAGCGAGCUCUCAAAGUGUUGGCCAAUCCAUCGGUGCGAUGGUAGUGGUUGGUUUUGGGACAGGAUCAUCCUUCGUGCUCUACCCGGGGAUUACAGAGCUGUUGCCGAACAAGUAUCGCCCACUCGGCCUCGCGUGGACAGAGAUGAACUUGUUACCAUUCAGUACUUUCGGUCCACUCAUCGCUCGUGCACUGCUACAAAAUGCCAGCUGGAGAUGGGUCUAUAUUCUAGGCGCUAUCACUGGAGUGAUCUCCUUUGUCGGCACCUUCAUCUUUUAUAUACCACCAACGAAGCCCCUCAGAGACAUAACAAGAAAGCAACUACUACUUGAACUGGAUUACGUCGGCAUCGCACUCUAUACACUUGGCCUCACGUUAUUCCUGGUUGGCCUGAACUUCGGUGGUGUCAGCCACCCGUGGAAAUCAGCCGCAGUACUCGUACCAAUGGUACUUGGAGCCAUUCUCUUUUGUCUCACGUUCGUCUGGGACUUCCUCGGACCAGUUAAGAGGCCGCUCUUCCCACUGCGUCUCUUCAGGAAUUUCCGGGACUAUACCUUCCUCCUCGUUAUCAUCUUCGUAACAGGUCUGGUCUACUUCAGUAUGACAGAUAUCAUGCCGGAACAGCUCUCCGACAUGUUUACGAGCGAUCCUAUUCGAGCCGGACUGUACAACAUACCGGGAGGUUUUGGUGGCGCCGCGGGAGGAGCCAUCAUUGGAUCCUUCAUUGACAGGAUCAAGCACGUCCACCUUCAACUGGUCUUCGGUAUCGCUACGCAGACACUAUUUGCGGGUCUCUUUGCACUUAUCACUCCAGCUCGCUUAGGCAUGACGCUGGCUUUCCAGUGUUUCGCUAACAUCCCAUUUGCAUGGAUUACAUUGUGCUGCUAUGUGUUAGUUCUUGCCCCCGUCCUGGACCAGUUCAAUCUGAAGAAGUUCCUAAUUAUAUAUAGGACGGCCUCCUUGAAUGUACCACAACGGGACCUUGGUCUUGCUCUAGGCCUUGUGGGCACUUUCCGCUUUCUUGGGGGUGCAAUUGGAACCACAAUCUUCACCACCAUUUUGAAUAACAAGGCCGGUACAAGUAUACCAGCGCACGUCAUCAAAGUGCUCACGCCUCUGCACGUCCCAGCUUCCCAGGUGCCUACCAUUGUCACUGCACUAGCCAAUUCUGACAGCGCAGCCCUCGCCAAGUACUCUACUGCGGUGGUGGACGCCGCAGUCAUGGGAAUGCGAUAG